AUGGUAAAAGCAACUAAUCCUGGAUCGGUUGCAAAUUACUCUUUCGGAAGUGAGGACAAAUGUUUUGAGUCCAUGAUGAUUGCAUUUGCAGCACCAAUUCAAGGAUGGAAGGAUGGUGGUAGACCAUUCGUUGGUUUUGAUGCCUUCCACUUGACUGGAAAACAUGGUGGAUGUCUAAUGACAGCUACAGGUUUAGAUGGACAGAAUGGGAUUGUUAUAAAGGUGGUGAGGAAUGAAUGUGGUGAAAACUUGCACUUAUUUAUGAAAGAGAUGAAGCCACUUAUUGAAGACCAUCCAGCUGGGAAGAUAACCUUUAUCUCAGACAGACAAAAAGGUCUCCAAGUGUCAUUGGAUGCGGCCAAUAUGGAUGAUCUGAUCAAGUUGUCACCAGCUGCUGCAGCUUACAUGAUGAAGGAAAAACCAGAACAAUGGUCUAGGGCUUUCUUUGACCCAUCUGCAUGUUGUGAGCACCUUAACAACAAUUUCUCAGAGUCCUUUAAAAACUUGGAUAAACCCAUGAGAGACAAGCCUAUUUGUACCCUUGGAAUGAUGUAUGGCCAGCUAGUUAUGGGUACUAUGUAUAAAAGAAGAAAUGUGAGUGCAAAUUGGGAAGAUGGUAAAUUGGUGCCAACUGCUCAAGACUUGAUUGAUGAGAUGCAGAAAUGUUUUGGAGCAUUCAGGGUUAAUGGAGCUAUUGUUGAUAAGUUAUAUGAAGUGACUUCAAAGACCAAUGCUAUAUUUCAAGUUGAUGUGGUUGAGAAGACUUGUUCCUGUUUUCAAUGGAAACUUAGAGGCUUUGUAUGUCAACAUGCAGUGUGUGUGCUCAUUUAUUGCAGCAAGUACUAUCAUAUGGAAUCUUACAAGGCAAUUUAUGCACCUGAGAUGAGGUUAUUGAUUGGAAGAGAAGAUUGGCCUGAGCCAUUGGUAGAAAUCAACCCACCCAUAGAUAUGAUGAAACCAGGGAGGCCUUGCAAGAAAAGGAAGAGAGCACAUGAUGAACCUCACAGUGAGAAGGUGGUCAAAACUUGGAAGAGAUGCAAGAUGCCUGGACACAACAGGAGGACAUGUGCUGGUGCACCAGUUGGAUCCAAUCCAAAAAAAAGAAGACAAAGAACCAUGGUGGAAGGAGGAAGUCACAAGACUACUUACCCAGAUCCUGCAGAGCUUAAUACCAUUAAAAGGGCAAGUAAGAGGGGAAGAUCAAAAGGAUCUGCAUCAUCUUCUCAGCCUACCACUGUAUCAUCUUCUCAGCCUAGCACUGGAUCAUCUUCUCAUCCAACAACUGCAUCAUCUUCUCAGUCCCACUGCAUGUUAUGGAUCUAG